AUGAGUGAAAUAAAAAUAGUUGAAUUGGAUGAUCAGUUACAAACUGAACUGACUAUAGCUGGAGAAAAAUUAGUUGUUGUUUACUAUUCAGCUGAAUGGUGCGUUCCUUGUAAAAAAAUCAAACCAUUUUAUGAGGAAUUAUCAAAAAAACACCCAAGCGUUGUUUUUUUAAAACUAGAUGUUGACAUAUGUCAAGAAACUGCUAUCGCUCAAGGUGUUACCGCAAUGCCCACAUUUAUUUUUCAUAAAAAUCUUGAAAAAAUUGACGUUUUACAAGGAGCCGAUCCCUUAGCCUUAGAACAAAAAAUCACACAAUAUUCAAAAAACAGGGAAGAGAACUUAGCAGGUUAUAGCGACUUACAAACAUAUAUUUCAAUGAAUCAAUGUGAAUGCAUGAACGAAUCAGAUCGACACCCAUUUAGAAACGUAUUUGAAAAUAAUGAUUCUUAUCUUGAAUCCGAUUGUGACGCACAAUUGAUCAUGGCUGUUACGUUUCAGCAGCCGGUUAAAAUACAUUCCAUUAAAAUAAAAGCUCCCCAAACUAAUGGACCGAAAAAUAUAAAAAUAUUUAUCAAUCAACCUCACACAUUGGGUUUCGAUAGCGGUGAAUCUAACGUACCCGUUCAGGAAUUAAUUAUUUUACCAACACAGCUCGACAAUACACCGAUUCCAUUAACGUUUGUCAAAUUUCAAAAUGUCACCAAUAUUCAAUUGUAUGUUCAAAAUAAUCAAAAUUCAUCAGAUAAAACAGUUUUGAAUUCAUUAGGAUUUAUAGGGAUUCCCAAAGCAGCAACUAACAUGGGUGAUUUUCAACGUGUGUCCGGUAAAAAGGGAGAAAUAUGUUGA